AUGGCGCUAGAUGGUGUACCGGCAAAAAUCAUCGCCAUGAUCAAGGCCUACUAUCGCUCUACCACUGCGAGAGUCCUGGUCCGCAACAAUCUUUCCCAACCGUUCGGUAUUCAGUCUGGCGUUCGACAGGGUUGUAUCCUGUCGUCCAUUCUGUUCAACUAUGCCAUUUACUGGAUCCUCGGGAGGGCCCUACACGAGGGUGACGACGUUGAGUUUGCACCCGAACACAGACUGACUGAUCUCGACUAUGCCGAUGAUAUCGCCUAA